ACAAGCCAAAAUGAGAUAACUCCUCUCCAUUUUAUAUUUCCAGGGCCACACACAUAUUCCACGUUAUCUGCCCUCUUCACCUUACAUUACAAAGACACACACCUUUUUACGCAUGUGUUUAAGCCUCAACUUCUCUCCAAUCCUCCACUUACUUAUGUUUUCAAUUUGCAACUCUUUUCCUCUCUAUUUUUUUUAUGGCUCUUUGGACAUGCUUAUUCUCCGCUUUAGAAAUCUAAGACUGCUUGGACUCAGUAAGAUUCUACCACAUGAAAUAGCCCAUUUGGAAACAAAGAGUGGUUUUCUUUGAAUCUUAUAAAAUCUCCAGCUCUCUUUUAGUUAGAAAUAACCAUACAAAUAACUUUAGGCAUGAUUUUAAUGGUCUUAGGUUAGUUAAGUGUCAAUGCUCUUUGAAAAACAAAUGAAAUCUUUUUAGUUAAGGAAAACAGAGCAAUACUUUCAAUUGAAGUAAUCAUAAACUGGGUUUUAGGCUUUCAGAAUAUGCAUAUUUGUAAUUAAAGCAGAAGACUAUGAUUUAAACCUACCGAUUAUAAGAAGUUCCAAACAAAAAUGCAAAGUGCAUGAACAUAGUAAAGUUUACCUGCACUGUGAAUGGGGGAAGAAGACGGGUCCAAGAUUACCUGGACUGGCACCUAGGAGCGCCAGUCGGCGCUUUAAAACUAUAGGAACAAAGAGUCGUUUUUAGUGCUCUCUAUUUCAGCCUACACCGUUCGGUUCUAUGGGAGCGCCGAUCCUGUGGCCGGCUAAAAUCCUUGAAGAAAACAGAGAAGCUUCAGUGCUCUGUUAACCAAAUUUCAUUGCCCCAACGUCGGAUUGGCGCUCUGGGAGAGCCCUCCUGCCCUUCCGCCGGACGGUUGGGGAAUAAACAGCGGGAGGGAGAAAGGGCGACCCGGCGACCUGGCGUGGCAAGGGGAGGAGUGGGAGAAGGAAGCGGUGAUAUCCCAUAGCAAGUUCUUCGGUGAAGUUGAACAACAUGAAUUCCCUAGCCAAGUUGAUAGAGUUGAACAACAGUGACGAAGAUUCACAGACUCAGAAUGAUUAUACAACUAUCACAAUCAACAAGGAGAAGAUGUACACUGCUAGAAAAGUAAUGACACCAAAUGAAACCUCUGUCGUCCCUGGUGAAGGGUGUAAAGAUCCUUUUUUCGAAAUUCCUUCAAGAACGAAAAGGGAUAAACUUAAAAGUAAUGAUGGGAGAAGGAAGGAUGUCCGCUUGGGAAUGCUUGCUAGUGGAGCACUUAAUCCCAUUCUUUGAUGCUAACCACAUGGAUUGAUCCUUUGAUGCUCAAGAAGAGCUACUUGGAGACUGAAACUGUAGCGUGCUGCUUCCUAGCCACGUUAUUCUACAAAUUUGGAAGUAUUUGACAGUGCUGGGUAAUGUUCUGCGGUAUUGGAAAUGCCUUGUUGUGCUAGAGAUGCAGGAAAUGAAAUAAGGGUAGUGGU